AUGGAAGGAGAGGGCAGCGUCGCCAGCAACAAGCUGAUCAACGACAGCAACCAAGAGGCUGAAGUGAGGAAAGGGCCAUGGACCAUGGAGGAAGACCUCAUCCUGAUCAACUACAUCUCCAACCACGGCGAGGGCGUCUGGAAUAACCUCGCCCGUUCUGCAGGUUUGAACCGGACGGGGAAGAGUUGCCGGCUCCGGUGGUUGAACUACCUGCGCCCCGACGUCCGACGGGGCAACAUCACGCAGCAGGAGCAGCUCCUAAUCAUGGACCUCCACGCCCGGUGGGGCAACAGGUGGUCGAAAAUCGCACGCCAACUGCCCGGGAGGACGGACAACGAGAUAAAGAACUACUGGAGAACCCGAAUCCAGAAGCGCGCGAAACAGAGCGAGCCGAUGGACUUCCGGAGCAACGUCGAGGCGUGUCCCGGCAGCAGCCACGAUGACGGAGUGAAUGACCAGCUCAGCCACCCCGCCGAGGAACAGAGCAUCGUCAGCGGCGGCGGCGGCGGCGGCAUUCAACUGCCUCAGUUCCCCUGCGCCGAAUUCACCGAACACAUCUGGACCUUGGAGGACCUAUGGCUCAUGCAAUCCGCCGCCGAUGACUAUUAUAUGAUAUAA